GACAAAUCGAAAAUAAAAAAUAGACUAAAACUAGUUCCUCUUCACUUCUCACUCGGUUCUACCAUCUAUAAAUUAUAUCUGGUAAAACUUUAGAUUGGAGUUGACUAAAUAUAAUAUCUUUAAAGAAUUAAUGAUGAAAGACUUACCGAUAAAUGGCAAAACAGUCAAGCUUUUCAAAAUAUUUCGAAAAAUAUAUUUCUACUUCCGGGGUACUUCCGGUAUGGUGUACACGAAUAUUGAUGACGUACUUCACAUCCCAGUUGAGGAAAAUUAUAUUUCUAAUGAAUUUUUAGCAAUAAUCCUUGUCUCCAGGUGAUUUGCGGAAUGGACUUAUUCAACAAGCUUAAAGGAGCAGUUGCUGUAGCGAUCACAGGCAAUCCAGUCACGAAUGAAUUUGACAUAGGGCAGCAUGUUGCCAGUGGAGGCCCAGGGUUGUUAUGGCGAAUAUACAAUGGCAUAAAGCGAACAACAAAACAGGAGGUAUCAGUGUUCGUGUUUGAAAAGAAGACCAUAGAGAAAUACUCAAGAAAAGAUAAAGAUAUUAUUAUAGAGACACUUAAGAAGGGAGUGUCUCAGCUUACAAGAUUGAGGCACCCGAAGAUACUCUCCGUCUUACAUCCUUUAGAAGAAUCAAGGGACUCUUUGGCCUUUGCUACAGAGCCAGUGUUUGCCAGUUUGGCUAACAUUCUUGGACAACAUGAGAAUCUGCCUAAUCCAGUACCCUCCAAUAUAGAAAACCAUGAACUGUAUGAUGUUGAGAUCAAAUAUGGUCUUCUGCAGGUGACAGAAGGCCUCACAUUCCUACACAAUGAUGCCAAAAUUAUGCAUAGUAACAUAAGUCCAGAGACCAUAAUACUUAAUAAAAAUGGUGCAUGGAAGAUAGCCGGCUUUGAAUGUUGCAUUCCUAAUAGCAACUCACCUGAUCAGCCAGCACUGUUCUCAUUUAGGGAGUGGAAUCCAGAAUCGCCACCCAAGAUUCAGCCAAACCUGGACUAUUUGGCCCCAGAGUUCUCCCUCACAAUGUCAUGUGACACUUCCAGUGAUAUGUUCUCACUUGGCAUUGUCUUCUAUGCAAUCUUUAACAAAGGGAAGACACUGUUUGAGUGCAGGGACCAAUGGCACGCCUUCAAGAAGAAUGCCUCUGAGCUGAGAAGUGUGAAGACCACAUUCAUUCUAGGGUCAAUUCCACAGGAGGCCAAGGAACAUGUGAAGAUGCUGCUUAAUGUGGAGCCUACUCUAAGACCAGAUGCCGACCAGCUUUCCAAGAUCAAGUUCUUUGAGGAUGUAGGCUCUAUGACUCUGCAGUAUCUGGACUCACUCUUCCAAAGAGACAAUCUACAAAAGUCACAGUUCUUUAAGGGACUUCCCAAGAUUUUGACAAAAUUGCCAAAGCGAGUAUGCCUCCAGAGGAUACUGCCUUGUUUAUACUCCGAGUUUGCCAACCAUGAUAUGAUUCCAUUCCUACUGCCCAACAUCAUCUACAUUGCAGAGGAGGCUACCAAUGAGGAAUAUGUCACCCACAUAUUGCCUCACAUCAUACCUAUUUUCAAAAUAAAGGAGCCAGUUCAGAUACAAUUGAUAUUUUUGCAAAAUAUGACAUUGCUGCUUAGGAAAACACCAAGCUCUGAUGUGAAGAACCAUGUGCUUCCUAUGGUGUACAGCUCGUUAGAGGCCCCCUCCCCUCAGAUACAGGAACUAUGCCUAAACAUCCUACCAACAUUUGCCAGCCUAAUUGAAUACAGCAGUAUGAAGAAUGCAGUCAUGCCUCGUGUCAAGAAGUUAUGUCUCGGGACUAAUACUCUCUCUGUGCGUGUGAACUGUCUUAUGUGCAUAGGGAAACUUGUUGAAUAUAUGGACAAGUGGUACGUUCUAGAUGAGAUAUUUCCCAUAAUUCAACAGAUACCUUCCCGUGAACCUGCAGUCUUAAUGAGUGUGCUAGGAGUAUUUCAUGUUUGUCUAACUCAUAAAAAACUUGGAAUUACAAAGGAAGUGAUGACUAAAAUAGUCAUACCAUUACUUCUUAUGAUAUCUACAGACAAUCAAAAUCUCAACCCAACACAGUUUAACGCAUUUAUGGCUGUGAUUAAAGACAUGCUUUCUAGAGUAGAGACAGAACACAGGACAAAGUUGGAACAAUUAGACAGCAUGCAGAAAGAACAGAAGUCACUCCAGUUUGGCAAAGUGGAUAUGCCAAAUGGCGUUACCACAGCAGCUGAUCAACCACAGUCCGAUUCAAUGAUGGACAAGUUCUUAACUGGGUUUGGAAUGUCAGGACUGUUUAGUGGAGGGGGAAACAAAGCAGCAGAGCCAAUACAGAAGUCAGCAAGUAAUACUAGUCAACCAGUAACACAGGAGAGUUCACAAUCUCCUGCUACCAUACAGAAAUCUGGCAAGAGCCAUCUGAGCAUGGAGGAGAAGCAAAGAUUAGCACGUGAGCAAGAACAACAGAUACGUCUAAAGUCACAAGGCCCACUUCAACCCAAGAAGGAUAUUAAAACAGUUAAGCCAGCACAAACUAAAGACCUUAGUGCCACAUUAUAUAAAACAAACAUUGCACCCCCUCAUGCUAAACCAACAAUGGGAAUCAGCAUGGAUGAUAUGAGCAAUACUAGGGGAUCUAGUAUGACUGCAAACAGAAAUAAUGGAUCAAAUAAAAUGGGAGGUACUGGUCCUAGCAGCGGAACUUUGCAACCUUCAAUACAGCCCCAAGUGUCAAAAUGGAGUGGACAAACUAGUGGAAAAAGUAUUGACACAUCUGCAUUUGACAUUUUAGUACCAAG